AAAGAGAUAUAUGGGACACACAGACAAUUAAAGACUAGAAUAGACACCGUGCUUCAAGUCCCAAGAUUUGAGAAGGAAGAAUUGGAUCAAGGAGCCUGAAGAUCAUGGAGGGAGACUGUCUGAGCUGCAUGAAGUACCUGAUGUUUCUUUUCAAUUUCUUUAUAUUUCUGGGAGGAGCGUGCCUGCUGGGAGUCGGGAUCUGGGUCAUUGUGGAUCCCACAGGUUUUCGAGAGAUAGUGGCUGCCAACCCCCUGCUCUUCACGGGAGCGUACAUCAUGCUGGCUAUGGGAGCAAUGCUCUUUCUGCUGGGUUUCCUCGGCUGCUGCGGUGCCAUCCGUGAGAACAAAUGCCUGCUGCUUUUUUUCUUCAUGUUUAUUUUGUUAAUCUUCCUGGCGGAGCUUUCAGCUGCAAUCCUGGCUUUUAUCUUCAGAGAAAAUCUGACCAGAGAGUUUUUCACCAAGGAGCUGAAGAAGCAUUACCUGAGGAACAACGACACGGACGUCUUCUCUUCCACCUGGAACUCCGUUAUGAUCACAUUUGCCUGCUGUGGAGUGAACGGACCAGAAGAUUUUGAAGCUGUCCCUCAUCUUCCAUACUCCUCUUUGGAAAAGGCGACACCAGAGGCUUGUUGCCAGCGAGAACUCCAGAGCCGGGAAGGAAUGUUUGUCAACAGGGAAGCCUGCCUCACAGGCGUCGAGAGGUUCCAGAACCGACAGGGCUGCUACACUGUGAUCCUGAACUCCUUCGAGACCUACGUGUACCUCGCAGGAGCCCUUGCCAUUGGAGUGUUGGCUAUCGAGCUGUUUGCCAUGAUCUUUGCUAUGUGUCUCUUUCGAGGAAUCCAGUAAGAGGUGGCCCAUGAAUCACCGCGUUCCCCACGUGCUCAG